UAAUGCGAUUUCUUUUUCCUAGUUCUUAAAAUAUAUAUACGUUUGGUGUUUACUGCUCUUACUUUAACUAGCAAGUAGCAACUGCCGACUACUUUUAUUGUUGCAUUAAACGGUAUAGGUACCUAUUGUUAAUUUGAAUUCUAAUACGAUAUUCGACUAGAGUGAAUUCACGUAUUGUAGUAUUUAUUUAUAUUUUCUGUGAUAUUUUUAGUAAAUUAUUAUUUAUAAACGUGUUUGUUUUUCUUUUGAAAUCCCAACAUAACUGACCGUUUUACACCAUAUAUUGCAUUAUUGUUCUGCAGCCUGUAAGUUUCAUAUUCUUUUUAAAUAAUGGCUCAGAACGUUAAUCCAAGGCUCGAAGGUAGUUCGUCGAACUCUCCAAAACGCAGUGAAGAUAUGAAUGACAGAAUAGAAUCGAAUAAAGUUGUUCAAAGAUUGCAAAAAGAGUUGAUGAGUUUAAUGAUGUCAUGUGAUGGAUCAGUAUCAGCUUUCCCAGAUGGUGAUAAUCUUUUUAGAUGGGUCGCUACAAUUGUUGGACCUAAAGAUACUGUAUAUGAAAAUUUAAAAUAUAAAUUAAGUAUGGAAUUUCCACGUGGCUAUCCGUAUAAACCACCAACUGUUACAUUUUUAACUCCUUGUUUUCACCCUAAUGUGGACUUUGCAACUGGCUCCAUAUGCUUAGAUAUUUUAAAAGAAAAAUGGUCUGCUAUGUAUGAUGUCAAAGCAAUACUUAUAUCAUUACAGUCUCUUCUUGGAGAGCCAAAUAAUGAAAGUCCUUUAAACGUUAAAGCAGCCCAACUAUGGCCAAGACAAGAAGUUUUUAAAGCUACAUUGUUAAGCACAUACAAAGAAUCUGAAUCAUCCCAAUAAAUUGUGUAAUAUAGAACUAAUUUCAAUGACUAAAUUGUUUAUUGUUCAACUUAUUUUUUUUUUAGUUUUCCUUAAGUCUGCAGUUAUCUUUAGGAUUAUUACUGUAAGCUACUUUAAUCAGACGUCAGAGAAAUUUAAUAAUUUUCUGUAGUUUAUUAUACUAUUUUAUUCUUAUAUUAUAUUUACGCUUUGGUUUAUAAGAAAAUAUGUACUUUUUACUUAUCCUUUUUCUUACUAUAUUAGAUGUAUAAUCAUAUUUCUGCUUAUUUAGCUGUGAAAUUAAAACUACUUUAUAUUUAAUUUAUGACAUGUA